UGCCUGAUUAAUCUAUGUUCGGCCCCUGUAGUGGACAAGCAGGGCAACAAAUAGUCUUUGGACAUGAAUCAACUUUUUACGCCAGUCUGGCUCAAGUUCCAACUCUCCCAAGUGCUUCUUCCGGUUGGCCAGCCUCUCUCUCUGUGUGUGUCUAUGCAUAGUUAGGGCUCUAGUAUUAUGUCUGAGAGCGGGGUUGCUCACUAGAGGGUGUUACCUGCGGCCCCACAACUUCAGUCACCCAACCUCUGACUAAUUAUAAGGCUGUCCAAUCGACCAACCAACCAAUCAACCUACCUACCUACCUACUUCCAGACCCAUCCGAUUCGAGCCCUUCGCACCCACUGGCCUGUGUGCUGGCUGGCUGGUUGGCUGGCUUGCUGGCCGGCAAGGGCGUGUCAAGGGGUUGAUAGUGGCCGGGAUCGCCGCUCUGGGCUGUCUGUGAAUCGGGCUGAACCGCCACGCCCCACGCUAUUAGGGGCGAUCAAUAUGGCCCAUUCCACCGCCCAUACACCGCCGGAUGCGGCCCCGGUCUCCCUGUGCGUCCGUCGCCAUGCUAAGUAUCUGCUCCGCGCCCUGCAAGUCAUCCCGCAAAUUCACGAGAGUAGCGUGGACGCCAACCGCAUGAACGUGUGCUUCUUCGGUCUGUCGGGCCUCUUUGUUUUGCCCGACGAGUUCAAUCCGGUCCGUGAGCAACCCGGUGAGCGCGCCCGACUUGUACAAUGGAUCAAAACGCUCUAUGUAGCCGAUACUCAGGCCGGAUGGGCUGGUUUCCACGGCGGCAACACCCUCCGGACAGCCGAACAAGGCGUGCUCCAUGCCGGUGAACACGCCGGUCACGUGGCUAUGACCUAUACAGCCUUAGCGUGCCUGCGGCUCUUAGAUGACCCUUUGACGGGUCUAGAUCGGGUGGCGUUGGCGCGGGGCGUGGCCGCCUUACAGCUCCCCGAUGGAAGUUUCCUUUCUUCCGCCCAGGGCGGGGAGAGUGAUAUGCGGUUCACGUAUUGUGCCACGGCCAUCAGUCACUUUAUUCAAGACUGGACCGGCGUGGAUCGCGACCGAGCCGUCCAUUUUAUACUCCAAAGCAUUUCGUACGAGGGUGGCAUCGGACAGGGUCCGCACUUGGAAGCUCAUGGGGGUUCCACUUAUUGCGGGUUAGCUGCCCUCCAACUCAUGGACCGACUCGAUGCCUUAGGGUCGGUCCAGCGACGGAAAAUGAUUCGAUGGUGCGUGAAUCGACUCAACGAAGGCUUCAAUGGCCGGCCUAAUAAACUGGAUGACACGUGCUACACGUUUUGGUUGGGUGGAGCGCUGACCAUUUUGGACCCCUUUCCGGACAUUCCCAAUUUUAUACGCCAGGUCACGCCUUUUGUCCUGGAAACGCAAGAUGUCAUCACGGGGGGGUUGAGCAAGAGUUCGGACGGUUCCGCCGACAUUUUACACACUUACCUGGGGUUAGCCGGUCUAAGUUUGGCUGAAUUUCCCGGACUCAACAAAGUGACUCCCACCUUGAAUAUCGCACAAAAUCGUGAUCAUACCUCCUAAUCCAAGGGUUCCUAACCCUUGCCCAUUGUCGAGCCACCCCCAUCAACUCGUCAAUCUGCCCAAUCUGGCCAAUCCUGGCUGUUUGUAUCUUAUCCGUUUCGAUAAGGAGGGCAUUUAUUCCACAAAAGAAAGCAUUUACUUUUUCAUUUUUAUUUUCAAUUCCCCGAAAGGUUUCUUUUCGUGGCCCAGUCUUGUCGUUGGCUAGCUAGCUUGCUCUUUCGUCGUAGUGGCCCCAUCCUUUUGGAAGCGAGUUCCCAUAAACAAUUCGUAAUGGAAUUGUGAGUCCCACUCGUCGGUGGUCGUCCCACAUUGUGUCUGCUUGGCCCACUCGGCGGGGCUCAACGAUUUGAAUUGUUUCGCGAUCUCGCUUGCAAAUUGCAGGUUGUCGGGUUUCUUCGAGCUGGGAGCAGAAAUGAAAUAUGAAUACCCUGCCUACUCAUCAUGCUGAUACUGCUGGUGCUGCUGGUGCUCAUCGUGCUCAUCAUGCUAGUCUCCUCUGCAUCCCUCGCUCGCCUAACUAUGGCUCGAAUAGGAAACACCAAACAACAAUAAACAAGCAAUUACCAGAGGAUGAAACGGGACCAUUUCUCUCAUUUGAUCACUUUCCGGUUUCCGUGAUUGGGUCAUUAACGAGCCAUUUCGUUCGCGUUUCCAGCAUUCAUAGUCGUGCAACCUAUUAUUAUCGUUAUUAUUUUACCCUGUCGCCAGCCAAGGGAUAACAUAUUUCCUCCGUUCACAAUGAGCGAGAGAGCGAGUUGCUCAUGGUGGCUGAGGGCCUUUACGAUAUGAGUUAUUGCCAUUCAUAACUGGGAUCGAAAUCUUACGUAAUAUGGAUA